GAAAUGUCCUGCCUGAGGAAUUUCAGUGUUUUCAUCUCAUGCAUGUUUUUCUUCAUCAUCCAGCCAGGUCAUGGUUCUGAGAUUAUUGGAGGGAAAGAAGUCGAGCCACACUCACUGCCUUUCAUGGCUCACGUGAAAAGUGAACGAUUUACAUGUGGCGGGACAUUAAUCCAUCCACAGUGGGUCCUGACAGCUGCCCACUGCACUGAUAUGACUCUAGUGAUACUGGGAGCGCACUCCCUCAGGAAAGUGGAAGUUGAUUCUUGGCAGGUCAGAGAGGUUGAGAAACAAUUUCCUCAUCCUGACUUUUCCUUGGUAACCACGGUCAAUGACCUCAUGUUGCUCAAGCUUAAGGAACCAGUGACGCUAAACGAGACAGUGAAAUGUCUCUGGUUGGGCAACACUGUCGAGGAGCCUCCAGCUGGCAGCAAAUGCAUGGUGGCUGGAUGGGGACUAACCAAAAACAAUGAACCAUCUGAUGUCCUCAUGUCUGCCAAUGUGACUGUGAUCAACAGACAGAAAUGCAACUCUCGUGAUUAUUACAACCAUCACCCUGUUAUCACCAGUGACAUGAUAUGUGCUGGUUCUACUGGUAAAGAAAAGGCUGAUGCCUGUAGAGGGGAUUCAGGAGGGCCACUGUUGUGUAAUGGGGUGCUGGUUGGAGUUACUUCUUUUGGAAAGAAGUGUGAGAGUAAAAAGAACGUACCGGGAGUCUACGCAUUCGUCUCAAACAAACAACUCAGCUGGAUCAAAGAAACAAUGAAGUCAUAUGAAAUGCCAUGAAUCCACAGGCAUCAAUACAUAUGAGCUAAGCGAGACAAAAUUCUUGAAUGCUUUUACGCUUAAUCUAGUACUGCUUUCACCAUAGAAACUACACCUAUAUGAUAUCAGCCCUUAGUACUUUCCACUGCAGAAACAUAAAUCCAAAUCGUCUUUUUAGCCUCUCUCUAGGGCAAUCAU